GACGAAAGAGGCAGCAAUAGAAAAGUAGAAAAACGUCGAGUGGUAGGACGUACAAUCGUUUGUAAUUAUGUGAAGUUCAAAGUCGUGAAUCUUUGUUCCGCCUAAUACACGGACGGAUUCGAAUGAUAUUGCCUACGUGAAAGUGUUACGUACUCGAGCUAUACUGUACUGUGUUGUGGACUGGUUAUUGUAUAGGUUAUAAUAAUACAUAGGCAUGUAAAAUGUCAUAGAUAUAACAAUUGUAAAAGAAGAGUGGCUAAUAAAUUUUUCUCCUGUUAUUUCCAAUAAAUUUACAAAAGACGAACGAAUAUCACGAUUUGUUGGUAAAAGCGCGAAUUUAGAACAUUCAGUUUUCGCAAGCACAUUCUGCCCUCUACCGAUCUAGAUGAAUACCUUAACACGAUGUUUUAAGUGUCGCGCGAAAUGUUUGUUCUGACUUAUUUUGGCUUUCGAUCAUUUGAAAGACCAUCAUUGAGAGACUGCACCUUGUAUAUUAUUCAGUGUGAUGUGAAUUUACCUGUGACACGGUUUAUCCAAAAUUUUAAAUUGUGGAUAUUCGAGUGAGAAAGAAUAAUCGAAGACGGAAGUAAAACAACCGAAGAUAAUUAGAAUAAGCUUCGAUGACUAACUACUGGUGGCUGAGGUGGUGGAUUUUGCAGCGGAGAUAAGAUCGUGCAACUCUUUAAUUGCAGAAGUAAUUACUGUGUACCAUUCAGUGAAAUAACACGAUGACGACUUUAGACUCGCAGACCGAUAAAACUUUAUGCCAUCUUGAUAAGCUUUCCAACACAGAGUUAGCUGAAAUUCCAUCCGACCAUGGACUUCCUGUUGGAAUAAGCCUAUUGGAAUCUCGGGUAGCCGGACAUCCGUCAUUAGACAUCGAACGGCAAACGAUUGGCAUGUUACGUAGGAUGUCGGACGGCCGUGUAUUUAAACCCGUUGUUAAACCAUUACUUGGGAAAAGGGAAAUCUCGUUCUACGAAAAUUUGCAAAUAUCUCAAGACCCUGUUAUGUUACAAUUGAAGAACUAUGUUCCACGAUAUUACGGCACAACAGAGUUAAAGAUUUUUGGCAGACGAGUAACAUUCCUUACGCUGAAAGAUAUUACCGAUGGUAUGGCGGAACCGUGCGUGAUGGAUAUAAAAAUAGGUAGACGAACGUGGGAUCCUUUAGCCACGCCAGAGAAAAAGGCAACAGAAGAAUUAAAGUACGCCGAAUCUAAACGCACUUAUGGAUUCUGCAUAACCGGCUUUCAAGUAUAUUGCGUCUCUUCCGGGAAAUUAAAACAGUUUGGCAAACAUUACGGCAAGACUCUUGAUGCUAAGGGUGUCGUGGAAGCGCUGAAAAUCUUCCUGAAUAUAAGUCCAGAAAGACCGCCCUGUCGUCAAUUGAUUGUGAUGCUGCUCUCUUUCUUGUGGAAGAUCUUACUAUUCUUUCGUAUCCAGCGGUUGUUCCGCUUUUAUUCUAGUUCCCUGUUGGUGGCAUACGAUGCGAAACGAUUGCGGCAUUAUCUCCGCCUAAAUAAUACGAACGUCAAUAAAUCACCUAGCCACGUGUCCACGUCAUUUUCCUCCACAAAUAAUCAUGCGACCACGUCGAAUGUGUUCAAAAACAUGAAGGACGCGACGAGUAAUUCAAUCACGAACGACGUCAAAACGAACAGGAACCGAACGGCGAAAAGGGUGCAUUUUGUUAAGAGAAGCAUCAGCUUGAGCGGCGAGUGUGAAUCGUCGAGCAAGGGAAAGACAUUGAACAGAAGCGGAUCGUGUAGCUCGGACUUUAGAGUGGAUCGGCUAUGUCGUACGCAUUCGUACGUCAAUAACUUUGACGACGACAUUAUAAGAAUGAAGGAGGAUUACGAUGAUUUGUUGAACGAACUUACCAGUUCGACGGAGGAGAAGCAGAACUGGGUUAGAAUUAACAUGAUCGACUUCACGCACGUCUUCCCGGCGGAGGAUCAAAACACUCUGGAUCUAAAUUAUUUGGAAGGGAUCGAGAAUUUGAUUAAACUUGUGGAGAUGUUCCUGGUCUCCAAGGACACCGCCACUGCAUGAAUCAUAUUUAUUGCAACGUAGGAAGUUGUCAACACGUUUCUUUUUUUUUUUUUUUUUUUUGUUUGUUUGUUUUCUUCUUUUAAAUUACUAUACGAGAUGUUACAUAAUUGUAUUUUAUAUUGUUUAAUAAAAUUAGAUUGAUUUUUUUCGACGUUAGGUCAGUGAGAAUCGCAAGCCGGAAGUUGUAAAUCGUGACAAACGCAUGCAUAUAAAGCACGAGAAGUCAGAAAUCCGUUCCGUGAAUGUUUAUCAGGCGUGUAACACGAGCGAACACUGAAGUAUUUAAAGCUCUCGUGAAACGUUUUUCAUACCUGUAGUCGGAUAUAACGAAAGCACUGAAAACUGAAUGUUAAUUGUUUCGCACCAGAUAUAAUAACAUUUCUAAUGUUCACAUUCUUCGGUGCACUCUCACUUGUCGAUAUUCCAUGGUUAUUGAAAACCAUACUCAUUGGUUUUACACACAUUGUCGUAUACAUAUAUGUAUUCGUCAUUCACACAACAACUUGUUGUAGCCAUUGAUUGUUCGUACUAUUACUUUUCUUACGUUCUUACCGUGCAAACAAGACUCUAUAAUCAUACGUACUAAACAAUUGUUACGUUAAUAUAAAUACAAAGCAUACAGGUGUUAAUGUAAAGUUCGAAUGUCUUUAUUCCUACCCUUUUGAAUAAAUUCAGAAUACUGACGAACGAAA